AUGCGAGAGUAUGGAUGUCGCCGGCCGCUGCUGCUGCUUUGUGUGUUGGUUUGCAUCGAUGCCGCUCCGCCGCAUCGGGAGACGGCCGAUGAAUUCCAGAGCGCUGACAAGCAGGGACAGCGUGACAGGGAGCGCGAAGAGCAGCAGAGAAAAGAAAUAGCAAAAUAUGUGAAAUAUAUGGGAUAUUUGGAAACUGUACUUACGAUCCUACAAGCAACGCCUCAGUGGAAAGAGGUUAUGCAAACUAUGACACAGGAGGAAAUGCGGAAGGGUAAAAUAGCGGAUAUGGUGGAUAAGCUGGAUCCGCACGUUGUUCAGCAGCUGGUGAAGGCGAAGUUGCUGGAGAUGCAACGGUUGGAGCAUGAAAUCAAGGAACAGAUGAGAGUCGACGGCGGCUCCACUCAUAACAUUAAAGUUGGUUGCUUCACAUACAGUCUAAAUGCAAAAAAAUCAGAUCGCAGUGGAUUCGUUUUGUUAGCCGAUUCCUUUGGUGGCACUUAUUGCUGA